ACACAAAUCAAGAUUGUCAAACACACUAAGAGAGAAAGAUGGAUAACUUUUUUCUAGGUUUGAGUUGUCAAGAAGAAAACAACUUCUGGGAUCUAAUCGUGGCCGACAUCUCGGGUGAUAGAAGCGUCAGUGUACCUAUCAGAAGCGCCUUUAGGUCAUAUAUGAAGGACACGGAACUGAGGAUGAUGUCGCCGAAGAUAUCUUCUUCGAAGGUGAACGUGAAGAAGAGAAUGGUCAAUCUUCUGAGAAAGAAUUGGGAGGAGAAGAAAAAUACGGUGGCUCCAGAGAAGGAAAGAAGCCGGCGACAUAUGUUGAAAGAAAGGACGAGAAGAGAGAAACAAAAACAGAGUUACUUAGCUCUCCAUUCUCUACUACCAUUUGCCACUAAGAAUGACAAAAAUUCGAUUGUCGAAAAAGCCGUGGAUGAGAUUGCGAAAUUACAAAGAUUAAAGAAAGAACUAGUGAGAAGAAUUAAAGUGAUUGAGGAAAAAUCAGCAAAGGAUGGUCAUGAUGAAAUGAGUGAAACAAAGGUUAGGGUUAAUCUAAAAGAACCUUUGUCUGGACUAGAUUCAAUGCUUGAAGCGCUUCAUUAUCUUAAAUCAAUGGGAACAAAACUGAAAACAGUCCAUGCCAAUUUCUCUCCUCAAGAGUUUUCUGCGACCAUGACCAUCGAGACUCAGGUACAUAUUUAAUUCGAUUCGAAUUGGUUGAAUCCGGUUUUGGUUUCUCUUUGGUUAUGACAACUUGACAAGUACAUAAAGGUAAUAAUAGGUAGGUUGUUUUGUGUUAGUAGCAAAAAAAAAGUAGAUGGUUGUAUGUUUUUUUAAUUAAGUAGUUAGAUCUGUAUUAGUGUGAUGAUAUUAAAUUUAAAGUUAACUUUUUGGCAGAUUAGAGGAGAGGAGGUUGAAAAGAGAGUGGAAAGAAGACUCCAGGAAACUGAAUGGAAACUUCUCUUUCUCCCAGAAGCUUCCUUUUACAAAGACUACUAAUUCUGUUGACUUUCUGUCAUUAAUUUUCUUUUGUAUUUAAAUUUGUAUAUAGUUAAAUACUUAAAUUAACUGGUCAUUGCUUUAUUGACACACAUAAAGAAAAAUAAUGGGGCACACUACUUUUGAGUUUUGAGUUUUGAGGUUUGAAAAAUAAAACUAAGAAAAUAAUAUUGAUAGAAU